AUGGACCCCGAGCGCUGUGCGCCUUUCAGCGUGGGGCCCGGGCCCGACCUCUAUGCAGCCGCCGGGGAUGAGCCUCAGGACGCCCAGGGGACCUCCGCCACCGCGCCUCACCUGCACCCCGUGCCGCCCCGGGGCCCGCGACUGACCCGCUUUCCGGCCUGCGGGCCCCUGGAGCCCUACCUCCCAGAGCCGGCCAAGCCGCCCACCAAGUACCUGCAGGACCUGGGGCCCGGCCCGGCGCUCAACGGCGGCCACUUCUACGAGGGCCCCGAGGAAGCUGAGGAGAAGGCCUCCAAAGCCGCCAGCUUCCCCCAGCUGCCCUUGGACUGCCGCGGGGGCCCCAGAGACGGGCCCUCUACCAUGCAAGGCUCCCCAGGCCCUUGCCUGGCCGGCCUGCGCGUCCCUCUGUCCCCAGGACUCCCCGACUCCAUGGAGUUGGCCAAGAACAAGAGCAAGAAGCGCCGCAACCGCACGACCUUCAGCACCUUCCAGCUGGAGGAGCUGGAGAAAGUCUUCCAGAAAACCCACUACCCUGACGUGUACGCCCGGGAGCAGCUGGCUCUGCGCACGGACCUCACCGAGGCCCGAGUACAGGUCUGGUUCCAGAACCGCAGAGCCAAGUGGCGGAAGCGGGAGCGUUAUGGGAAGGUCCAGGAGGGGCGGAACCCCUUUACGUCUGCCUAUGACAUCUCUGCGCUGCCCCGAACAGACAGCCACCCCCAGCUGCAGAGCGCCCUGUGGCCCGGUCCGGGGUCCGGGAGCCCGGCCGGGCCCUGCCUCGUGUCUCCGGAGGGCAUCCCCACCCCAUGCAUGUCCCCGUACUCCCACUCGCACGGGAACGUGGCCGGCUUCGUGGGGGUGCCAGCCUCCCCCGGAGCCCACCCCGGCAUCUACUCCCUCCACAGCUUUUCCCCUGCCCUGGGGGACCACAGCUUUGAGCCCUCCCCGGACGCUGACUACAAGUCCCCCAGCCUCGUCUCGCUCAGGGUGAAGCCCAAGGAGCCACCCAGCCUGCUGAACUGGACCACGUGAUGAUGUGUGUGGGCACGCAGACUCAGCUGCCACCCCCGUCCUGCUCCUGGCUGCUCCCGCCCACCCUGGACCGGACGCCAGAGAGAAUGCACCUCGGCCUCCCGCCCCCAGUGGCUCCCAGAGGCGGGCGGAG